GUUGAGUGUUUGUUCUAAUGAAUGGGAGGCAGGAGACUAUGUGCUGAUCAUCUCACAAUCUACCAUUAAACGAAAUAAUCUUCAUAACUGGAGUCAAAACCAUGACAGCAGGGACCGAUCUGUGUCUCUCCCAACAUGAAGAGCCUAUUAAUUUCUUCAGUGGACAACCUCAGCCCUGCGGGGGGAAAGCGCUGCAGCCAUCCAGGGAUAGAGUCUUACAUAACAAGUCGUAUAAUGUCAGUGCAAAGGCCCAUGGAAAGGAUGAACAACACGAAAGGAACAAGUUCAUCUGACAUUUCAAUGAAAAUUCCGAUUUGGAGCAUCUUCCACUUAUCUGCGGUUUACCGUCCUUGUUUAUCCCGGCGCUGCUGCUGAAGAGGUUUUUGUUUGUUUGUUUUUUUCCUGUUGAAAAGGAGCAGCUCCGGCUCUGUUCAGAUAUCGACCUUUUUGUUUAUGAAUUAUUCCUCAUCUCAGUUUACUCCCACGGCUGUUCGGAGUCUGACUCGCGAGCGCGUCUCAUCUGUCGGGAGCGCGCAUCAGUCAUGCCUCAUCCAUCGUGCGCCUCGCCUCGCCUUGAGGAUACAAGCACAUAUUCGUUUUUUAUCUCCCAUUAGCUGUCGGAUUUCUGUCCGAUUCACCCGAGAAGAAACCGGACUGCUUUCUCCAAACAGGAACAUUCCAUUUUCCUUUUUUUCCAUCCACGUGAAUGAAUCACAGGAGGAGAUAGAAAGGAGUACAGCUGUGGCGUGAUGUGCCAGGGCUCACCCUGCGUUUGGCAGGUCAUUCCUUUAACUUACAGCUGUCAACACUCGUCCCUGCUGAGGGUAAGGAUUUAAACGCACCGAGGUCACUUUAACGGACUUUAAUUCCUCAACGAUCGUCUAUUCAUUCUACCAAACGAUGAAGCUUUGGGAGCCCCGGCACCGCGCGUAAAGCGUCACACCUGUAAAUGAAUUGACUCAAGUGCCCCACCCCUUCCAUCAACAUCUCACUGUGUUCAAGCACAGCCACGCCCGUCACCCUCUGCGCUCAACCCAUGGAGAGUAUACGCCCACCCAGAUAGGAUGCCUGCCUCGCUCAACGCCCUGCGUCCCCUCCUGCCCAUCACCACUUCCUCCUUCUCCUUGCGUGUACCUGCCGUUACCUACAGUUCCUUGCAGCCCAUCAGGCAUCGCCCUGCUCCACUGCACCAUGGUGGAUGAGGUAACCUCCACGAAGGAUGACGUCAUCAAUGCCAACACGCUGGCGUGGCUGGUCUGCUCUGGCGUGUCCAUCCUGGCCAACACUUGGAGCAUCCUCAGUGUUAGCGCCAAGCAGAAAAAGUGGAAGCCAUUGGAGUUCCUUAUAUGCACUCUGGCUGGCACACACAUUCUCAACAUGGCUAUUCCUAUCACCAUGUACUGUGUGAUAACACUACGGCGGCAGCACUCCAACUAUGAGUGGAAUGAGGGUCUAUGCAAGGUGUUUGUCUCCACAUUUUAUACUCUUACGCUGGUCACCUGCUUCUCAGUCACCUCACUCUCCUAUCACCGCAUGUGGAUGGUUCGCUGGCCAGUAAACUACAGGCUGAGUAACACCAAGAAGCAGGCAGUGCACACAGUGAUGGGCAUCUGGAUGGUGUCGUUCAUCCUGUCCACACUCCCAGCAGUGGGCUGGCAUGACACCAUUGACCGCUUCUACACCUCUGACUGCAGAUUCAUUGUGACAGAGAUUGGCUUGGGCUUUGGCGUUUGCUUUCUGCUGCUGAUCGGUGGCAGUGUGGCCAUGGGUGUGAUCUGCAUCGGGAUUGCUCUCUUCCAGACCUUUUCUGUUCAGGCUGGCCACAAUGCUGACAAGAACAAGUUCAAUGUCCCCACAAUAGUGGUUGAAGAUGCUCAGGGGAAGCGGCGAUCCUCCAUCGAUGGAUCAGAGCCUCUCAAGACAUCGCUGCAGAUCACUUACCUGAUCAGUGGGAUUGUCUUCAUUUACGACUUCCUGACAGGCUUCCCCAUCCUGGUGGUGAGCUUUGCCAGUCUGAAGUUUGACCGUUCUUACAACUGGAUGGUGUUGUGUGUGCUGUGGUGUUCCAUCGUUCAGUCCAUUCUGCUGCCGAUGUUCCUUUGGGCCUGUGACCGCUAUCGGGCAGACAUGCGCAUGGUGUGGGAGAAGUGCGUUGCCCUCAUGUCUAAUGACGAGGUGGAUGAGGAAAGCAGCCAAGAUGGAGGAAUUCAUGCCGACUUAAUAUAUGACAGACCAUAUGACUAUAGCUCGGCGCCUGAAAUCAUGACGGUAGACCGUAAUGCCAAGUAUGAGUUCUCAACCUUAGAAAGGGGGGUUCCGCAAGGGUAUCCAUUGAGGGAACAACAGGAAGAUAAAAUGCAGUAUUUGCAGGUGCCCCCUACAAGAAGAUACUCCCACGACGAAACCGACAUGUGGACCAGCGACCGGAUCCCCUCAUACCUACACAGAUGGGGCUCCACAGAGGACAUGAUAGUGAGUGCCCAUUACAGCUCCACCUUGCCGCGCCGCGAGAGGCGCAGGAACAGCCUGGUCUAUUACCACGAGGAGAGCCACCAUCACCCUCAUCGCAAGCGGCGGCGCUCUGAGGACAGCAUGCACUCCUUGAAGCACCUGCCCCGUGUGGUGUGCGGUGGGGAGAGGUGUGAGGAUGAACUGCGGUGUUUCAGCCGCGACGAGGUGAUAAACUUUAUAGACGAAACGCCGUUGCCAAGUCCCAGAAACAGCCCACGGCGCACCUCCACCAUCUCCCUCAUCCCUAAUGUGUAUACCGAGCACACGGUCAUCUUUCCUCACUUUCCUCUCACAGACUUUGAGUGUGAGCCUCAAGCACUGAGGCGAUCCUCAGAACACAGAAGGUGCAGUAGCAGGGGGAGUUCUCCUGAAGGUUCCCCCAAAACAGACCGGUCCACUAGGAAGAAGAGCCAUGGGGCUUGUGGCUCAGGAAAAAGCUGCUCAGAACGCCCCAAACGCCAUGACUCUGGAGGCUCACCUGGCCACAGCCAGCCGUCUCCGGGGCGCUCUAACAGGCACAGGACAGGUUCUGGUUCUGGUGCAGGAACUGACUGGGCUCACCACAAGCAUCUGAGCAAGGCUGAGAGCAAAGGACGCACAAACAGUUUUACAAGCACACCCUCAGCAUCAUCCUCCAGAUACAACACCUUUCACUCCGAUUCUGUGGGCUCCAUCACCUGAAAGGGAAGCUCUUCUGUUGACACCCUAACUUCAGUGCUCCGUUUACUGUAAUGCAAGCCUCCAUCAGUGGUUACCAAAAAUGACAUCAGUCCCGUUGUUUAGUUUUAAUCCUUUGCCACAAAUCUGUCAUUUGGAUCUUUUGACAUAUUUUCUGAAGGGGCCGUGAUUUCCUGUGUAAGCCAGUAACAAUGUUAGCUUCGAACGCGACCCAGAAUUUCUAUGAAGAACACUUUUCUUCCAGCACUGACACGGAAAAUCUCUCUCUAGAGUGUGUGCGUUCCUGAAUCUUUUUCUUUUUUACUGUUAGAUAAUGUUUCUUUUCAAAGAAUAAAACAGCUUACAAAUGUGUUUUUUUUUCUUUCAUUUUUUUUAACUGAACUGUUUCAUUUGGUCUGCGAGGAUUGUGUUUUGUUGUGUGGAGGCAAUCUUUGCCUUUUACUGUGCAUAUCCUUUCGAUUAAAGGAUAUGACAGGAUUUACAUAUUUCUUUAAUCAAACCAAUGUUCCAUUUUUUUUUAUUCUGAACAAUAUUUACAACACAAACUAUUUUUAGCCUCAUAUUUUGAAGUGAAAUGUAAUCCCAAACUACUACAUGCCCGAACAGGUUUGUGUGAGAAAUUGAGAAAUGGAGCGAAGAACCUUUUGAUCCUUGACUUAAAAACAUUAUUGAGAUAUUUUGUACAUAUGGGGGAUAUUAGUUAUGUUUUUGGUGUUUUCUGUUUAGAUGAAAGUUUUGCUUAAAACAUUUCCUUCUGACUCUUCUUUUUUUUUCUUUAUUUGGCCAUUUUGAUAUCAUCAGGCAAAACUAUUGCAUGCAUACAAAGCUGAAGAAUAUUAUGCAAAUGGUGCUUUUUGGUCAUCACCUGACCUCACCUCUUAUUUAUUUAGGUUUUUUUUAAACUUUGUUUUAAACUCCAGGAAAAUGUUAUCCUGAUUUCAGAACCCGUUUUUCAGUCUGAAGUCAUUCUUUUAUUAAUCAAAGUCAAAUACAUGAAAGCACAGAUGUCAAAAAUAGAGAGGAAAUGGAAUUUAAGUGCAAGCUAACCGGUUUUAGGAAGUUAUGCAUACGGUCUGGAUUUUUUUUAUUUGCAAGAGGCUACUAAACCUGUGAUAGAAAGUUUUGUGUGAUGGUGAACACUUGGUAAUGUAAGCCCACAAGUUGCAGAGGUUGAAUGAGAAUUUUAAAAAAUCAAUAAACAUGUAUUUAGUUUAAAAUAAUGAGAUUGUGAUGUGGUAAUUGGAUAAAAUUUCCAGAUGUUUUGAAAUAAUCAAACAAUCUAAAUAAAUAGAUGAAUAAAUUAAAAACAUCUCUCCCAAAGAGUUAAUCCUUUGAUUUAAAGGAGUUUUUUUUCCAAUUCUGACCUCUUGUGAACAGUUACUGUUAAUGUGAAUGUAUUUGCACAAAUAAGAUGCAAGUUUUUAAGAAUCUAUAAAGAGAAAGUGAAAUAAAGAAUCCCUCUAGAAUUAAAUUAUGAGUGGUAAAACAUUGUUUUCCCCUUUUUUCUGUUCCCAUCUGGGUAAUAAACUUGUAUGUGUUUGGAGUUUCUGUUUAAAGUCAUCUGCUGUCAUUGAAACCUUUGAAUUCUGAUGUGUUUGUGUACUUCUCACUGAUUUGGAUUGACCAGAUUUGCUGAAAUAUUUCUUUCCUGGGGGGAAAAAAAGAAAAAAAAAAUCACAUCCCAUCGUCAAACUUUGAUAUUCCAUGGAUCUUUUGCAUUUUGUUGUGUUUGCAGUAUGAAAAUCUAAUUUUGUAACAUAAUCAAAGAUUUAUGAAUCAAGAUCAAAUGAUGUUUAAUGUUAUGAUUUUCUUGUUGAGCUGAUGACUUUGUUAAAAAGAUAUGACUGAUUAAAUUCACAAGAAGAGUGA